AUGGUGUCGCCAUCAGAAGACGCACAAAUAACAAAAUUAUUAUCAAAGUAUAAACAUGUGAAUGCCACCAAGAAGGAAAUCAUUGAUGUGGUCACAAAUUAUCGAAGUUUGACGUAUAAAUUACAAAAGUUCGUAUUCAAUGAUGGCAGUUCAAAAGACUUAUUCAACUUACAAGGAACCAUACCGGUCGUUUAUAAAAACAAUACCUACUACAUUCCAAUUUGUAUUUGGCUAAUGGACACUCAUCCAAUGAAUGCUCCUAUAUGUUAUGUCAAACCUACACCAACAAUGCAUAUCAAAGUUUCAAUGUAUGUGGAUCAUAAUGGACGUAUCUACUUGCCGUAUUUGCAUGACUGGCAACCACAUUCUAGCGACUUAUUGUCUUUGAUACAAAUAAUGAUUGUGGUGUUUGGUGAUUAUCCGCCAGUGUAUUCAAAACCAAAGGAACAAGUUGCGCCAUAUCCAACAACAGGUUAUAUACCGCCCGCUGGUCCCAAUGCAUCAUCUACAUCGGGUGGAUCUUAUAAUUUGCCCUACCCAGCCAGUGGUGGCUCUUUUCCACCAUAUCCUCCCUCAAGUGGAAAUAAUUUUGGAGGGUUUCCACCAUAUCCAACAUCUGGAAAUGUAAUGCCUGCAGCCACGUCUGGCCCGGGUACUGGAUAUCCACCUUAUAUGAAUUAUCCACCUGGCCCUGGCUACAAUUCAGGAUAUAACUCUUCGAAUGCCAGCUCAACAGGAACCAUUACGGAGGAGCACAUUAAGGCAUCUCUUAUUAGUGCUGUUGAAGACAAACUAAGACGACGUCUACAGGAGAAAGUAAAUCAAUAUCAAGCUGAAAUUGAUACACUGAAUCGUACCAAACAAGAAUUGGUAGAAGGCAGUGCUAAAAUCGACUCUAUAAUAGCUCGCAUGGAAAAGGAGCAGGUCGAUUUGCAAAAAAAUAUCAACAUUUUACGUGACAAAGAAGAGGAAUUAGAAAAGAGUUUAGAAUCUUUGGAGUCUUCGGAUGGUAUUGAUCCAGAUGAAGCGGUUACUACUACUGCCCCCUUGUACAGACAGCUACUAAAUGCUUAUGCCGAAGAAGCUGCCACCGAGGAUGCCAUUUACUAUUUGGGAGAAGCGUUGCGAAGCAGUGUGAUUGAUUUGGAAACAUUCUUAAAACAUGUACGCCAGCUAUCACGUAAACAAUUUAUGUAUAGGGCACUAAUGCAAAAAUGCCGACAAAAGGCAGGACUUGCCGGAUAAA